AUGGACGCAAUGCGCGCCCACCAUGUCCUACAUCGCAACGGCGCAAUGACUGAUUCGAUACCUCCUACAGACGGCAAGACAUUCGACCGCAUCUCUGCGCCUUUCGAACCACAGGAACCGAAAUAUCCCACUUCAGAACCGCCAUUUCCCGACUUCGAAGACCAGGGCAAGGAGGAGGAGGGCUUGUGUCCCAAUCAGUGGGCGGCUUCCGCUGAACAACAAGACAACAGUGGUAGUGACUCUGAAGGAGAGAACGUCGAAAUGUCAACUUGGAGGGGGAAGCCAUCGGUGAAGGGGAGUACCGAGACUAUGCGCAUGCUCUUGUUGACAUGCGUCUCGGUUGGCAUCACCUUCACAUGGGGUGUUGAAAUGACGUACUGCACGCCCUACCUUCUCUCGCUGGGACUUACCAAGGGCCAAACAUCGCUCGUCUGGGUUGCCGGACCUUUAUCUGGCUUGAUAGUACAACCGAUAAUAGGCGUCAUCGCGGAUCAGUCAAAGUCAAGAUGGGGCAGAAGGCGACCUGUCAUCGUUAUUGGGUCCAUCGUUACAGCAUUCGCUCUCAUGGCCCUGGGCUUUACCAAGGAGAUAGUGGCCUACUUCAUCUGGGAUCCGACGUAUGCCAGAGCGUGCACCAUUGCUGUUGCUGUCCUUUCGCUCUACUGCGUUGACUUUGCCAUCAACGCCGUCAUGUCUUGCGCGAGAAGCUUGGUUGUAGAUACUCUGCCGAUUGAAAAACAACAAAGCGGCGCAGCAUGGGCAAGUCGUAUGGGAUCACUGGGACACAUUAUCGGUUACGGUAUGGGGGCAAUCGACCUUCUCCGCCUUUUUGGAACGUCUUUGGGAGACACACAAUUCAAGCAACUUACCGUCAUCGCCGCUCUUGGAAUGCUCGUUACCUCUUCCGUAACCUGCUGGGCAGUGACUGAGCGGGUUCUUGUCACUGUCCGGCCCGAUCCUCGUCGUCAUUCGGGCCGCUUCAAGGUCGUGCGCCAAAUCGUGUCGACCCUCAUUACCUUACCUCCUCGCAUCCGCGCCAUCUGCUAUGCAGUCUUUUGGUCCUGGAUCGGUUGGUUCCCAUUCAUCAUCUACAGCAGCACCUGGGUAGGCGAGACCUACUUCCGGUACGACGUGCCCGCCGACACCCGCGGCUCAAGCGACGCCCUGGGCGACAUGGGCCGGAUUGGCAGCACCGCCCUGACCGUCUACUCAACCAUGACCUUCAUCAGCGCCUGGAUUCUGCCGCCCUUCAUCCGCGCGCCCGAGGACAACACCUUCACGCACCGCCCACCCGCCAGCAUCGCCAGCUUCGUCGAGACGGUCAACAAGUACAAGCCCGACCUGCUGAGCGCCUGGAUCGCCAGCCACCUCAUGUUCGCCUUCGCCAUGUUCCUGACCCCCUUCGCCGCCUCGUUCCGCUUCGCCACCGUCCUGGUCGCCCUGUGCGGCAUCCCCUGGAGCAUCGCCAUGUGGGCGCCCACCACGUUUUUGGGCGUAGAAGUCAACAAGCUCAGCGGCGCUCCCGACCCCAUGUCCCCAUCCACUUCCACCACCAAUCCGUCCUACAGAAGACUAUCCACCAGCAGCAUCGAGAUGCGCUUCGUCAACGAGCCUAGCGCCGGCGGCGCUGUUGAGGAAGCCACCGCAGGGAACAGCAGCUCAACGGGCGAGCUAAGCGGCAUCUACUUUGGCAUUCUCAACAUCUACACCACCAUCCCGCAGUUCAUCGCCACCUUCAUGAGUACCAUCGUCUUCGCCAUCCUGGAACCGGGCAAGAGCCCGGAGCUGGCGACGGACGCGCAUCCGAGCGAGCACGCCAACACGGACGGACCGAACGCGAUUGCCGUGUGCAUGUUUAUUGGAGCUAUCAGCUCGUUGGUGGCGGCGUAUGCUACUGCUAAGAUGAGGGAUAUAUGA